AUGUUGCAAGAAGACCCACAACUCACCCUCUCGGCACGUCAACCCAUUCAAUAUCCUCGUAUACAACAUUUGGAUCAAAUCAUUGAAAAUAUUGGCCAAACAAAAGGAUUUACUUUUCAACACAAUGGGCCCUUUACAUUUGUGAGUUAUAAAAUUGUGUCCAGUGAGAGCUUCCCUCCCGUUCCGAUCAAAGAAAUUUCAAAGACUCAAUUAGUGAUUGAUUUGGAUUCACAUGAAUUCGAGAGAAGAAUGUUGAGAAGAGAAAUUAGAGGACUUGUUUUUGAUCGAGAAUCAAAACGUUUAUUAUACAGAUCCAUGCCUAAAUUUUUCAACAUUGAUGAGCGAGAGGAAUGCAAUUUGAAAAUUGUCGAAAAGAUGUUGAUUCAAUUGAAACGAGAAACUGGAAAAGAGAGGCCAUUCAUCUUGUUGGAAAAAUUGGAUGGCUCAUUAUGUACUCCAUGUAUAGAAUUUUUGCACGAGAGAAAUGACCACAACUACAAUAGUGGUGGUGGCAUAGUGUCACGCAAUGAAACCACCCUCAUUCCAUUUCGAUUACGUUUCAGAACCAAAUUGGACUAUCAAAAUGAACAUUCACAAUCUAUUGAGGAAUUUGUGUAUGGCAUUGUGAGAGAUGAUUCGUUAGUAAGACCACAAAAUAAUGAUAACAACAAUAAUUCACUUAAUGAAAAUGACGAAGACAAUGAAAUUACCACAGAUGAAUUGGGAGAAGCAACAAGCUCAACAACCUUACAAGAAGACUUGAGAAAAUAUCAUGAAAAGAGGAAAGAGCUACAUGAAUCGAAAUUACCCAUUUUCUACUGCUCUCAACGUAUUGCGGAAAAUUUAGAACGAAACUCGCCUGUUCCUUUCACUUUGAGUUUUGACAAUGGUGCAUCCUUAUUCGAACAAACCCAACAUCUCAGGAAUGGAAAUUUGAUUCGGUUCUGUGUGGAUUGGAUUUCAAAAGGUUUCACACCAUUAUUUGAAUACUUUUCUCCUAAUCAUCGUGUGGUGGUCAACUAUGGCAAUUCUCCUUUCAUUUCGUUACUUGCUCUAAGGCAAACCAUUCUCGGAAAUUUUGUCUCCUAUGAUGAAAUGAAACAAACCUGCAAGGAAUAUGGCGAAAUUGAAUGUGUCAAAGCAUGUACCAAUGAAAUCAUUAACUUGCAAACAGAUCUGAAAUCAAUCAAGAAAUCCAUCGAAGAAGAAAAAGGGCACGAAGGAUAUGUCAUGAUUCUUGAAAAUGGUCUCAUGUUCAAGAUCAAAUCGAAUUGGUAUUUGAAUAUUCACAAAACGAAUGAAAUGCUCAUCACAGAGUCCAUGAGAGAAGGUCGUAUUUGGUACAUGAUUUUCGAUAAUACUCUGGAUGAUGUUUUACCACAUGUUCACUCGGAUGAGCACAGAAAGAGACUUUGUGACUUUAAUGACAAGGUCAUUUAUCAUCUCAAUCAAACCGUCGAGUAUUUGGCAGCUCUCAUGCAGAGAGUAGAGGAGAAGGUACAAGAAAAUUGUCUCACUCAUGAGCCCAAUGCCUUUAUCAAAAUGGCCAAAGAAACAUGUAAAAAUCUCAAGCACUCAUUCUUUUGUGGCACGAUCAUGAAAGUGAAAGGGCUAGUGGAGAAGAAAUUGCUGAAUGGCGAAAUUAAGGAUGCAAGUGAGAAGUCAACUGAAACCAAUGCUCUGCUGUUAGAUUGCCUCGUUCAGUAUUUGAAACCACUCGUGAAAAAGGUCGAGCUAAUUCGUGAUAUUCUCACGAGCUAUUUAGUGCUGGAUUUGAUCGAGCCUCAUCAAACAACAACAGCGAGCAGUAUCAUAUAUUCGACACAAGAGGAAGCCAUGAAAGAUCUUAUAUUGUUUACUUCUCAGAUGGAUUAA